CGCACUCGAAACCUCCAACAGACGGCAUGGGGAAGGCUAGGUGCUAACAGAUCUUUUCAUUCGAAUGGAUGAUGAUCGAUAAAAACGUGUCAGGGUCUUGUCGCUGCACUCCACGACACAGACCUCUCACCGCCGCUGUUCAACACCUUUCCCGGGGAAGAGUGGGACUGUUUGUAAGAUUGUGUCAUGCGCGCUAGAGUCAAGACCACUCCCAAAUCAUGUUCGUAGCCGACCUUGGGGGAAGGAGAAAAAUAAUCUGGUCAGCUUCUCACGGUACUUGCCGCGAACAAAGGAACGUCGAGCGUGUCUCAGGAGGACGUAAUGGCGCCGGAAAAUGGAACGACAUGGAUUCUCGCCGCACAGCACCGACACUGUACACGCGUCCCGAUCUUUGUCUGAGCCUCGAGGCAUCAGCGACGCGUCGUAAUGAAGUCAAAGCUCGCUUUGUCGCGGAGCGGAUCCAGGACGACCCUGUCGCUUAGAAACCCAGAAAAGGCAGGAACGCACAAAGAAAACAAAGCUUCCGGCGGAAGGAAGACUAUUAGCUUUGCCCGCGAAGAUGUGGAAUUUGCCGAGGACAAAGGGCAGGUCAAAGUAAAGUCCAGCAGCAUAUAAGCAAGCUUCGAGCGACGAGAGGAAGGACACAACCAUUCUCCCCGAC